AAGCAGAAAGCAGAAAGCAGAUGCAUUCUAUGGGUAGCAAUGCACGCAUCUUCUUCCUCUUCUACUCAUCCAAAAUGCUUUUCUGGCUCUUCCUUCUGCUCGAGAUCAUCGCCAUCGCAAAAGUUCAUAGCCAGCCUUCAACUCAAGGCUUCAUCAGCAUCGACUGCGGCAGCUCCACGAACUACACCGACGCCACCACAGGCAUACCGUACGUUACCGACGACCUGUUCACCGACGACGGCGUCAACUUUCACGUCGCCGCCGGCUACGGCUCGUCCCCGCUGGGGGAACAAAUGACAACCCUUCGGAGCUUUCCCAACGCCAUCCGGAGCUGCUACGCCCUGAAGCCGGUGAUUAAGUCCGGGAAGUACUUGCUUAGGGGCACCUUCAUGUAUGGGAACUACGACGGCCAGAACAGAGCCAACACCGAGAAUCCCCUGCAGUUCGAUCUCUACUUCGAUGCAAAUUUCUGGCAGACGGUCUACAUCACGGAUCCGAAGUAUACUGUCUGGUACGAGGUGCUUGCGGUGGCGACGGCCGAGUCUGUUUCGGUUUGUUUGGUGAACACGGGAUCGGGAACGCCGUUCAUCUCGAUGCUCGAGUUCCGGCCGCUUCCUGACGUCAUGUAUCCGGCUGUCAACACGACUCAAUAUCUAAUCACUUGCCUGCGGCUUAACAUCGAACCUUCAUCAGAUUCUGCAUACGUAAGGUACCCGCAGGACCCCUAUGACAGGCUUUGGGAAUCAUGGGCUCCCGAUGCCUGGACCGAGAUCACCGUCGAUGUAUCCAUCGUCAGCAGCACCGAUGAUUAUUUCCAGCCGCCGUCCAUCGUCAUGCAGAGCGCCGGCAUGCUUUCCUACAACUCCACUGUCAUGGAGUUCUCGUGGUACUCUUCCUACUUCGGCCUUGGCGUCAGCGACGAGUACGUCAACUUCUUUUUCUCCGAGCUCAUGCCCAACGUUACGAGGUCGUUUAACAUUUAUCUCAAUGACGGCAUAUGGUACUCCAACUGCACUCCACCCCACCUUUCACCGUACUAUACUCACCACACCGGGCCCAAUACCCCAAGUGAGGAAUACAACUGGGCUUUCAACUCCUCGGGCCUGUCCAACCUUCCUCCGAUCCUCAACGCCGAGGAGGUUUACACAGCGAUUCAAGUCAAUCCGCUCGUGACAGACUCCGACGAUGCAUAUGUCAUCAAUGCCAUCAAGGAACUAUAUCUGGUAAAGAGAAGUUGGAUAGGUGAUCCAUGCGUUCCCCAACAGUACCCAUGGGAUGGAUUGAAUUGUAGCUACGGAACAAAUCCAGCAAGGAUCAUAUCAAUAAAUUUAUCUUCAAGUGCAUUGGCCGGUUCUUUAUCCACCUCGUUUGCCAUGUUUGCAGCAAUCAAGUGCCUAGACUUGUCUUACAACAACCUAACAGGACCAAUACCUGAUGCUUUAGGAGCAUUGCCAUCUCUGCAAAUCCUAAAUUUGACAGGCAACAAUCUUACUGGAACAAUUCCAAGUUCCCUUCUUCAAAAACAAAAUCUAACGUUCAGUUACGGAAGCAAUCCAAAUCUUUGUCCGGGGGGGACUUCAUGUGGAGGAGAGACGAAGAAGAAGCAUUCAGGUGUUGCUAUUAUUGUGAUUAUAUGUGCUGCUUCUAUGGUUCUACUUAUUGUGGUCAUAUUCAUAGUAUGGUCAAUGAUAAAAAAACGAGGAUCGAGCAGAACUACCUACCCAGAGCAGAAUGUUGUACAACCGAUGAAAGAAAAUAAUGCUCAGGAAAGUCCUUUGCCAAUUGAGAAUCGGAUGUUUACAUACAAGGAGCUGGCGAUAAUGACUAAUAACUUUAAAAAACAGCUUGGCAAAGGCGGAUUUGGUCCUGUCUUCCAUGGGAGCUUACAAAACAAUGUUCAAGUUGCUGUCAAGAUGCUAUCUCAGUCAUCUUCUCAAGGCAGGAAAGAGUUUCAUGCAGAGGUUGAAAACUUGACAAGGAUUCAUCACAAGAAUCUUGUUCCUUUAAUUGGCUACUGCAUGGAGGGGAAUGAUCUAGCACUUGUCUAUGAAUACAUGCCACAAGGAACCCUACAAGAUCAUCUUACAGGUAAAAUUCAUAGUGAUGUUACUGACAGUUGGGCACAACGUCUUAAGAUUGCAAUUGGAGCUGCACAAGGAUUGGAGUAUUUACACAGUGCAUGUGACCCACCCCUCAUCCAUAGAGAUGUGAAGAGUUCAAAUAUCCUGUUGAGUGCGAGUCUAGAGGCCAAAGUAGCAGACUUUGGACUGUCAAAAUCUUUUGACAUGGAUAACCGUACUCAUAUAUCCAAUGUAUCUGCAGUGGUUGGUACACCUGGCUAUCUUGAUCCAGAGUACUAUUCUUCCCACCGACUCAGUGAUAAGAGUGAUGUCUAUGGCUUCGGAGUGAUUAUCCUUGAGUUGGUUACAGGCCAACUUCCCGUGGUGCGAUCUAUGAAAGAUGCUAUUAAUUUAGUUCAAUGGGUAUUUCAAAGGCUUGCCGGAGGGGACAUUGAAAACAUAGUCGAUAGAAAUCUGAGAAUGGGGUACGACAUAAAUUCCAUUUGGAAGGCUGUUGAUCUAGCAAUACGAUGCACAGAGCUAGACCACCAUCAAAGGCCAACUAUGGCUCAUGUCAUGAAGGAACUGAAUGAGAGCUUAGAAUUAGAGUGUGCCUAUUCUAAAGGCAUUACAGCUAGAAGAAAGCAGACUGGCACGACGAGUGGUGCUUUGCGAGUCGAGCCACCACAGUUCAUUCCUCCAGUAGCAAGGUAAAAGUAUGGCGGAAAAAAAAAAGCAAAAAAGUUACUCUAUUAGUUAUCCGUUUAUCCAACUGUGUGUUGUUUGAAUGCUUGCUCAAUCUUCUUUUAUCUGUUUAUCCAACUGUGUGCUGUUUGAAUGCUUGCUUAACCUUCCUUAAUUCGAACAGCGUCUCUGUUAGUUAGUGGGUUUGUGAUGUACAGAUUGUAAUUGGAGCAGCAACUAAAGUUGUAGUUGGUGUGAUUCAGACCAUACAUGCUGUG